AUGAAUCAAAAAAUCAAGUUUAUGGAACUCACCAGAGUUGUGCAAGAAUUCUUUGCAGAUGAUCUUAUUCAACGAUCCACCACUCUUUAUUUCAACUCAACAAAGGACAGAAAUGUUAGGAUUUUGGAUAUUGGAACUGGAACUGGAUUGUUGCCUUUCAAGUUUGAGAAUGAGACUAUUUUAAACGGAACGGAUUUCAAGUUGAGUAUUGAUGGUAUUGAUAUUUCAGAAGAUUACAUUCAAGGAGCAAAUUCCAAGAUUUCUAACACAUCUUCAAAUGUUUCUUCCUUGAAAUUUCAUAUCAUGGAUGGACAAGAUUUGAAAUAUGAAGACAAUUCAUUUGACGUUGUCUAUUCCAAUAUGGGAAUUAUGUUAUACAAGGAUAUAUUAAGAGGGUUGAAGGAAAUUCACAGAGUAAUGCAACAACAAGGUAUUGCCUUGGUAAACUCAUGGACAGAGGCAUUCCCCUUGAGAAUUCCAUUAAAUGCUGCAUAUGAUACUCUUGAUUUAGAAAGAGGACCACAAGGAGCCAUGUUUUCACUCAAGGAUCCACAACAUUUCGAAACCUUGUGCAAGGAAGCUGGUUUUUCUCACAUAGAUAUUGAACAGGUAACCAAAGAAUUUGAGUGUCCACUCGAAGUUAUGAUGGAAAUAGUGAAAUCAAGCACUCAAUUCUCAGAAAUGGUGAAGAGAAAAUUCGGACCACAAAUAGAUCCCAUUUUGGAGAAGGAAUGGUUGAGUAAGAUCCAUGCCAGAAUUGAAACAGAAUAUCAACCACAAAAUGGUCAAAUUCAAUUCGUUUGCACUGGAAAUGUUGUAACUUUGAGAAAAUAA